AUAAAUAAUAACCACGAGCGAUUCUUCACGCUGCACCAGACUAAAAAAAAAGAUUUGUUUUACCACUUACAUCUUCUUUCUUCGUAUUUAUAAUUUUCCCCUUUUCUUUUAAACUGAUAUUUUUGUGUGAAUCCUGUCUUUGAUAUCACCUUCAUCGGCAAUAUGUCGACUGAACCAAAUUUAAAGUUGGACGAUCUUGCAGCAGCAUUUUCUGGGACGGUCGGAGUCUCUUUCUCCGCGGAAAGUUCGGCGACGGUGCAUCCCAGGAUGUGUAUGUUCAAGACGCGGGAGAGUAAGCAAAGUCAGUGGGAGAGACGGAAAGAGAAACUGCGGCUUCAGAGAGAGAAACGUAGAGACUACGCUGAUGUAGCCAGGAAGCUUGCUGAAGAAGAUUAUGCAAACAUUACAUUCAGUGAUGACGAGGAAGAGGAAACCAUGGAUCACACCUCACCAACUUCGGGGAAAAAUAAGAGUAACAAGGGAAAGAGAAAAGGAAAGAAGGAGCGAUAUUACAGCAAUCAGUUGAUGUUAUCUGAAUGGUUAGAUGAUGUUCCAUCAGACUUGGCAGAGAAUUGGUUGAUGGUUCCAUGUCCUAAGGGAAGAAGAACAUUCAUCAUAACAAGCAAGGGCAGGACCUGCCACUACACAAAGAGUGGUCAUUGUAUGAACAUGUUCCAGAGUUCUCUACCAGGUGGAUCAAGUGGACAGAGUAAGAGUAGAUCAAAUUACACUAUCCUUGACUGUAUCUACAGUGAGAUCCACAGAACCUAUUGGGUGUUAGAUUGUAUGUGCUGGCAUGGCCAUCCUGUGUACGACAGUGAGACUGAGUUCAGGUUCUACUGGCUUCAUUCUAAGCUAGCAGAGGAACCACAUCUGGCUACCGGAUUCAAGAAACAUCCCAUGAAAUUUUUUGGCCUUCCCUCCUUCAAGUGUGAUAGACAGACAUUACAAGAUGCUAUGGCCCAGCCUAUGCCAUUCAAGGAUGAGUUGGAUGGGCUACUCUUCUACCACAAGGCGCUUCACUACACCCCUGGUGUUACCCCACUGGUCGGUUGGCUAAAACCCUGGAUGCUACCGGAGAUCCUGGGCGUGCCCAUACCAGACGCCCUGAUGGCUAAGAGACCGCCUGGGGCGCAACUGAGACCCCCUUCAACCACCCCUUCGCCUGCUAAACCUGAACAGAUGGUGCAGAGUCCAAAGGAUGGGAAAGGAGAUGCAAAGAUAGAGGCAAUGGAUGAGUCUCCAGCAAAGAGCUGAGGUAUGCGAGAUGUUGUUCCUCGAUGCCAGAGAAGUAGCAGGAUACUCUCUGGACAUUAAUUUGCCAUGUUGAUGGCUGUCGUUAAAGAAGACCCUGUCUUUUAUUUUCUGAUUCACUUGUAUCCAGGUAGACAUCAAGGGUGACAUUGAGGCACCCUCUUUCAGGCCAUUCUGCAAUAUUUAGUGGUGCCAACUAUUGUGAUAUUUGCCAAGAAUGAUACAGGUGUCGGAUAUAAGAAACACUCCCCCUCCCCCCCCCUAUCAUAUUUCAACACAUCUACUGCUGGAAAGGGAAAAUGACUGAUUCCCUUCCAACAUUAUUUUUGCCACCAGGGAAAUAGUUUCUGUAAGGAGCUGUUUUCCUGCUUCUGUUUUUUUCUGAAUAUCCCUUUUUUAUUGAAUGCAAUGGUAGUUUGCACUGAAAUUUUUUUUUUUAAACAUUUUUAGGGCUAAAUUAAACCCUCACAAUAUUGAAAUAGUACAUACAAGUUUGGCAUCCCUGAAAAUUGGAUGAAAUAGGCAAGAUGUAGGAAGAUUAGAAAUAAGGUAUUGGAGACAGGGCCCGUUUCCAUAAAACUUUGUUCUGAUUGGCUGAUAGUACAUUAGUUAUAACAAGUCUUUGAUGAAACAGGACCUGGGACUUGAAUUCAGUUCAUGAAGCACAGAAUACACAGUGCCAAAAGGAAACCUUCUUGGUGAUAGGUGACGUGUUUUGUUUUUAUUUUUUAAUGGCAUUUUGUCUCUUAAUCGAUAUUAUUAUACUGCCGAGAGAACAAGCAUUCUUCGGGGAUAUUUUUAGUAUUUCUGCAGCUGAAGAUUUGAAAUAGUUCCCCUUCAGUUGCUUUUGCAAAAUCCAAGAUAGUUCUUGUGACAGAUUAGAAGUGCUUUGUGAUUUUUCAAGAUUAUCAUUUAAAGACUAUUUACACCCCCUCCCCUUAUUUUUGUCACUCUUUCAUCUGAAACGUCUGUUGAUUCGGAGGAAAGAUCGAUGCAAGAAAAUCAAAAUUACUUUACAUGUGCAACUAUUUUUGCCUCAUGUGAAUCAUAAUUCAUUUGCCAUGCUGAAAAUCGUUAAAGCUGCAUACAAUAUGUGUUUUCAAAAUUUUAGUCUUUACAGAGACGACUCAAAUAAAAAAAAUCCAUCCAGAAUUAACCUUAUUUCAAAACUCACAGGUGCAAUAAGCCUGUUCACGGUUGCAAACUGCACAUGAGCAGUAAUAGGUUGGGAUAAACCAGAAAGGUGGUUUUCAAAUUCACUGACCUAGGCAUUUGUGUUGUGAUGGUUAUUCAUGUAUUCCUUUUAAAAUAUUAUUUUCAUCACAUCAAAACUGAAGAUUAACAAAGUCUCCAUAAUCCCUCAUUUGACACUAGCCCAAACAAUAUAGUCAAAUAUGCCUAAAGCAGACAAUGAAACAAACAGAUUUCCAAGCUUUUCUCCUGAUGUAUUAUUCUAGUCACCUGGGAUGGUAUUGUGGAACACUGACAUAAAUUUUGUCAUUUCUCUCAGAGAUGUGACACCGCUAUGAUUGUCACAAAUCCGUAUUCUGAACAUUAUCUUUUAGCCUGUCAUAUCUCUCUAAGUUCCCGCCCAUCUUUUCGGGGUCAAACCUUAAAAAUCACUUAUAGUUCUCAGUGGGAACCAUUCUAACCAAUAGGAACGCCCGAUGGCAUGUGGGGCAUAUCCUCAAUACAGUAGCUGGCAUCGCGCAACUGUGUGUACAAUGAUGCGCUUAAUUACAAAGAGAGACAAGGAGCUGUGAAUGAGUUUUAGAAGAGAGAUAGAAAAAAGGGAAAACAGAGAAAGAAGAGAGGAAUUAAUAUGUAGGGUCUAACUAGUUGUAGCAUGAAAAAAUACUUUUGAAAAAAAUCAUGAAUGAAGAGUGAAACUAGUACCACAAUCUAAUCUAAUAUCAUUGUAUGCUUGACAUUUAGUUGGAAGGGUAUUGCGAUAUUAGGUACUAAAAGAUAUGACGACAUGACUGCUAGACCCUGUCCUAAGUUUUGUCAUAUCUUUUGCUUGUAUAUUGGGAUUAAGUGCAUUUAAAGCUGCAUAUUGUUGGUGCGCGCUAAAGAGGAGACAAAAUUUAUGACAUUCAACAGAAUACAGAUUUUGUCAUACAUGUACAUGUAUCUCUGAAAAAAAGAUAAAAAGUUUUUUUUAAAGUUGAUCAUGAGCUAACCGUGAACUGGCUUAUCGUGAAGUCAACAUAGUCUCUUGAUCAGUUGCUAAUUUUAAACAGGAAAGUUUAUGUACUUCUUGCAGUGAUUACAUUCUUGGAAAUAUCUUUUGGUAUAUUAUUGUAAUAACUAUAUUUUCUCAUAUAGCAUUUAAUACUUACUGUAUCAGAAGUCUCUAACGUGCACUACAGCUUAUUUACCCUGGCUGAAGCAGAGCAGCUGGUAUGCACACUGUUUCAAGGAAUAAAUUCCUAUCAGGUACCCAUUCUCCUCACUGAGGUUGAGUGCAGCACAGUGUGGGUAAGUUUCUUGCUGAAGGAAAACACACCGGUGCUAGGAAUGGAACCCACGUCCCUCAGACUGAAAGACGAGAAUCAUAACUACUAGACCCCCCCCACAACCAUUGUAACAUCACUUAGGAAGAGAAAUAGCUUUAUAAAUAUGUAAAGCCAUUAUCAAUAGUACUAUUACCAUCUAAAAUUUGAUCUGUCUUUGAAUUACAUACCCUGAAAGCAUAUAAUUAAAAGGACCAAUUUUAUAUUGUGUUUUAAACCCUAAAUUAAAUGGGGACAGUGAUAAUACAUUUGAUUUUCGAUUGCAUCUAUGUAGACUAUUGAAAUCCCCAUGAACAAAUGUUAGACAUGGCUUAAUAUUCAUGUGUAUUUUUUUAAAGAUGAACGGCAGCUCAAAGAAAUAGACCUGAUGGAUGUUUCAUAAAGCUGUUAAAGUUUAAAGUGACUUUAAGAACAGCUGAUAAUCCUUUCUUGUGGUAAACGAUAUUAACCAUUAAAUGUUCAUUGGCGAUUAUUUAGUGCGUAAGAAAGGAUCACCAGUCCUUCUUAAAUUCACUCUUACCUUCCGAAUAGCUUUAUGAAAAGGCCCCCAGAGGGCUGUUGCACAUCAUUUAUUGAAGGUAGGGAACUAUUUCAUAGUGUUUUAUUUGUGGGACUAUUGUAGUAUUUUGCCUACAUUUAUAUAGUCUUGUAAUCUUGCAACAACAUGUAUUGCCAUUUUAACAGAAAAACAAUUUCUGAUGCUGGUGUAGCUCCUUGUGAUUAUGCUGGAUGCAGUGCAUCCCACAAAAAAGAAAGCAAGAACCGUCAAAUGCAAUAGACAAAGUGCCUACCAUUGUAAAGUUUGAAUCUCUUUCACCUGCUCAGAAUUUAUGAUUCCUCAUUCAUGUUUCUUUAAAGUAAAGCUUCAAUUCCAAUAAUAUUUUUUUCUAAUAUGAAGACAUUUUGCAGGCUUGCUGUUGGACUUAAUACUUGACACUUUGGUGUCGAAUAAACGGUUGGGAAUCUGAAAACACAGAAGCUUUGGAAGUACAUGAAUGGUUGCAAAGAAAUAUAUUUUUACCAUUAUCUUUUAUUAGUGUAUAUAUUGAACUUUUUAGACAUUUUAUUUUUGAAAUGCAGAUACUGUCAGCCAACUGACUUUCUGGUUUCCUGUUUUUAAUUUUUUUUUGUUCACUCAUGCAUGAAUGUAUAAUCUCUUGUGUAUCAGAUAAAAGAGGAGACUCUGAACUUAACGAUGCCGGGUCAUUUUCAUUUUGUGAUAAAGUUAUGAUAAAUCAUCAAUAAUUCUUGGUUUUUUUAAUUCUGGGACAGACAUACUACCAUUGUUGCAACUGUUAUUGAGCUUAAGAAAUCAAACUAAAAACAUA